AUGAUUUCCACCGCCAAACGCGAAGAUGUGGCGUUCCGACUGGACCACAUCGAGCUUCUACGAGCCAUGUACCCGUCGUCUGAUGAAAUGCUCAUAGACCCCGAAACAGACAACAUACUUCUCCAAGCCAGACAGUGGUGCGAAGACGAGACUGCUCAUCAGCCCAAGUUGCCAGCAACGAUUUCCUUGUGUCUCAGCUUGGGAAUUUCAACGGACUCUGAGAGAGAUUUUCGAAGACUUCUUUUGAAUAUUGAGCUUCCACUGGCUCCUGUUGAUGUUUCCACUGGUGAAGUUCCCCAAGAAGGGAGAUUAAGAGUCAAUGCGGACUGGCUCACGAAAGCGCAAGCUACCCGGCUACAGGACGGUAUGCCCGAAGAUGACAUCCUGUCAGCGAUCGAGCACGUACGGGAACGAGCUUACGAGUACAUCACCACACUACAGCAGACUCCAAGCGCUGCUGUAUUGGCAACCAAAGACCCAGAAGUCCGAGCCUGGUUCUACUUUCCCUCCAUCAGCACAAGAGAGAAGCGGGAUGAUCUAGUCAAUCACGCGCCUCACUACUCACUAACUGGCUUCCUCUUGGCUGGGAAACCCGGUGUGCUAUGUCUCGAAGGCGAGCCCCAAAAAAUAGACGAUUUCAUGAAAUUCAUCAAGACGGAAUCUUGGGGGAAUAUUCCUGCAGGACAUAAGAAAGUAUCCGAGGUAUUACGAGAGAUGUAUGUCGAGAGGGCAUUUCCUGGAAUGGAGGAAAUUACAGAUCAAUUAGAGAAGCGAGGACAGAGAUCCAAUCGUUCGGAUAUGAAAGGUUUGGAACAGUGGUUGGAUAUCAGGGGAUUAGGGCAAAGUUUCGCCAAAGUACUCAUGUGA